CACAUCACGAUUCUCUUCCCCAAUAACAGAGCCACCGUUUCGCACUAACGUUUCGCAAGUCUGGUAAUACCGUUUCUUUUCCUAUUUCGAAAAAACGCCGUUUUUUUUAAUUAAUGGGUCUUUUGGAGAAGCUUUGGGAUGACACUCUCGCCGGACCUCAACCGGAUUCCGGCCUUGGACGUCUUCGCAAAUUCAAUACUUUCCAUUCCCGCUCCACCCCUUCCAAGGAGAUGGAGGGAGGGAGUAGUGUUGGAAGAUCGUACGGUGGAGAAGUGAUAUCAGGAGCGGAUAAUCCGGAAGAAGUGAAAGUUUCAAGGAAAAUAAUGAUAGUGAAGCCACCGGGGUAUACUCAGGGAGCUGGAUCAGCUCCGGCGAGUCCCGCCGGAUCUACGCCGCCGUCUUCGCCGUUUUCCGGUGACUUUUCUUACUCGAAACAGAUCAGGAGCGUUCAGGUUUCGGAGGAGAUCUACGUCGGACUCGAAUGAGAAGGCAACGAACGAGGACAGAACCUGCGGAAGCGCUCCUUCUUCUUAAGAUGUCUGAUAUCUAAGGUCGAAGCAACGAUGCUCGACUAAUCUCCCACCCGACCCUGCUUUGCUAAGGGUGUCGUUGAGGCUUCACUAAUACCAGCCUUAUGUCCAUGUAUCAUAUAAGUAUCACUUGUAAACUGUGACUAGCAGCUUGCUUGUGGUAUGUAAAUAUUUGGUGUAUGGACCUUUUGUUCUUAGAGUUUCUUCUAAGCUUUCAUGUGAAAUAUAGUGUUUACACCUUGUAAAAUAUGCAAUGUCAAAUAGUUUGUAGUAUGAGUCGUGAUUAUGGUGAUGUAACACGACGUUUUCGAUCUGCUUUGCAGUUCCGCUCUUCCUUUUGUAAUGUUUGCUCUUCCGAAUGAAGCAAUGAUCAGCAGAGUUUCGUUUUUGUA